AUGGAGUCUUAUGGAAACGUUUUUGAUGAAGAAUGGGUGAAUCUGAGCUCAAUAUUCUCCUGUGAUCAAGAUUCCAAUCAUUUCGCAGGCCAUAAAUUGUUUUCAACUGAACAUGAUCAUGGUUUGAAUCUUGAAGCUCCUUCUAUUCUUUGGCCAAGUGCCAAAGAAUCUAAUAGUUCUAAUUCAAGUGUUAACGAUGAUCAGAUUUUAGCAUAUACUUCUGAUCAAGAUCUUAAGCCUAAUUUCUGCAAUUAUUUUUCUCAAGAAAGUAUUAAUGCUACCAAUUCUCUUCCCUACCCAUGCCACGACGACGUUUUCCAGUUUUGCCAUUCAAAUACACCUACGGAUGAUGUGUGUGAUCAGUCUAAGGAUCUUUCUUUGAGGGAAGGUGACAGUAACAACUUUUCGCUACUUGCUCAAGUCUUUUCUGAUGAAGCGAUGGAAGAAAUCCUUUGUUUGAGACAAGAGGUGGUUAAGUGUAAAAGGGAGAAUUCAGUUGGUCUGCCUGUGUUUAUUGCUGAUCUGGGCAAGGAAACCCCUCUCAAGAGGAAGUAUGAAAUGCUUCAACUUCCCAAUGAAUUGGAAGAUGAAGGAAAGAGUGAGAAAAUCGAUAAGAACCCCAAGAAGAAAACUCGGGUUUCAAGAGAAAAUAAAAACAAGAAGAAAUUGACAUCAAAGAAGAAGCAGAAAAUGAUGAUGACUGCUAUUAAUAGCAAUGAGGAUGAUGGUGAAGAGAGCAAUCAAGACAAUGAAAACAUUAUUAACAAUAAUAACGGAAGAGGAAAUGCCCAAAGUUCAAGUUCUUGCAGCUCCGAGGACGAUUCAAAUGUUUUUCAAGAUACGAAUGGAGGGGCAAUCAAUUUAACUGUGAAAACAAGAGCCGGUAGAGGCGCUGCAACUGAUCCCCAGAGCAUCUAUGCAAGGAAAAGAAGAGAAAGAAUAAAUGAAAGACUUAGGAUCCUUCAGAACCUUGUACCAAAUGGGACAAAGGUUGACAUAAGCACAAUGCUUGAAGAAGCAGUUCACUAUGUCAAGUUCUUGCAGCUCCAAAUUAAGUUGCUGAGCUCUGACGAUAAAUGGAUGUAUGCUCCGAUAGCGUAUAACGGAAUGGACAUGGGUCUCUAUCAGAACAUUUCACCAAAUUUAUAG